AAACUUUCACCCAGCUCCAAAAAACCUCCCACACGCACUCCAGUGUGUAUCUCAUGUAAUAAUGCUUCCCCCCCCCCUCGUCUCAUUCCUUUUGUGUAAAAAUGGAGCAAACAUAAAUCACCUCCUGUCUGCUGUCUAUUUCGUCUCCUCUGACAUUUGCUCCCGAAUCCAUUAGCGAGGUCUCACAUAUGAAAAGCAAUGAUGUGCGCGUUGGGUUCGAAGAGCCCAUUCAUUGCGCUGCGGAGUUAAAGUGAACCUCCCACAUGGCACUGACUGCGCCCACGGUCGUCAUUAUUUUCGUAAUUCACCAGAUAUCCUUGAACGCUCCUGCUCGCUCGUUCGCUUGCUCUCCUCUUCCUCCUCCUCCUCCUCCUCCUCAUCCUCCUCCUCGCUCUGCCUGCCUCCCUCGCUCACUCGCCGUAUCUCUGUAGUCUUCAUUAUUCUGCACCUGUCAGCAGCGGACGGAAGCCGCACGCUCAUCCCUCCUUCCUGUCCUCCUUUCAUAUUUACGCCCAUGACUUCUGCGAAUGACGGCAGCGGGCCGGCGAAAGGCGCUCAGCAGCCUGACCAGGACCUGGUCGGCAGUGCGCCACCACAGAGAAACUGGAAAGGAAUCGCCAUCGCCCUGCUGGUCAUCCUUGUCAUCUGCUCUUUGAUUGUCACCUCCGUCAUCCUGUUGACCCCUCGUGAAGAUGAAAGCCUAGCCCUCAAGAAGAAGGUCACCCUGGAUGACGUUUUCGGUCCUGACCUCCGCAUCCACGAACCCGAUGCCGUGUGGCUCAGCGGUAAUGAGCUGCUCUAUCGUACGAGGGAAGGCGACGUUGUCAAGCUGAAUGUGGACACGGAGGAGACACGUGUUGUCGUGCCAAACCAGAUGUUUGAAAGAGCUAAGGCCGCCAGGUACCAAGUAUCACCUGACUUGCAACAAGUCCUCUUUGCCUUUGACUUGAAACUGAUAUACCAACACUCCUAUGUGGCCAAGUACAUUAUUUACAGCCUCGUAACACAGGAAACCUGGCCCUUGAACCCUCCGGAAGUGCAUGAAGCUGUGCUGCAGUUUGCUGGAUGGGGACCCAAAGGCCAGCAGCUGAUCUUCAUAUUUGAGAACAACAUCUACUACAGAGCAACAAUAGAGAGUCGCACCAUCCGCCUGGUUUCGACUGGGAAGGAGGGCGUGGUCUUCAACGGCCUGGCUGACUGGCUCUAUGAAGAGGAGAUCCUGCAGAGCUACAAGGCCCACUGGUGGUCUCCUGACGGCCUGCGUCUGGCCUACAUGACAAUCAAUGACACGUUGGUGCCAAAAAUGGAAGUCCCCUUCUUCACUGGAACGCCAUAUCCCAACACAUUGGAGUACCACUACCCAAAGGCUGGGGAGGAAAACCCAGUGGUGUACCUGUCAGUGGUGAGCCUCAAUGGUCCUUUACACACUGUGGUCAUGAAGAAACCCGAUGACCCACGAAUCGGGAGGGAAUAUUACAUCACCAUGGUGAAAUGGGCCACAAGCACCAAACUGGCUGUCAACUGGCUGAACAGAGCCCAGAACAACUCCAUUUUGACACUGUGUGAGGCAACCACGGGUGUCUGCAUCAAGAAACAUGAAGACGAGAGCACAAGAUGGUUGCACAGACAGAACGAAGCGCCGCUUUUCUCACACGACGGACACAAGUUCUUUUUCACACGAGCGAUUCCUCAGGGCGGCAGAGGGAAGUUCUUCCACAUUUCUAUGUCCACCUCCAUGCCUAACACGAGCUUGGACGUCCUUCAGUCGCUGACGUCGGGAGACUGGGACAUCACCAACAUCCUGGCCUACAACCACCAGAGGAACCUCAUAUACUUCCUGAGCACAGAAGACGACCCCAAACGGAGACACUUGUACAGCACGGACACGAUUCCUCCGUUCAACCGCUGCUGCCUGUCCUGCCAGUUCAAGUGCGGCUACGUGGACGUGUCAUUUAGUCACAACAUGCAAUACUUUCUACUCAAUUGUAAAGGGCCUGACAUUCCCAGUGUGGCCAUUUACAGAACAGAAGACAAACUUAAGCUGUUGGACGUGGAGACGAACGAGCGAGUCAACACCACGUACAACAACAUGCAGAUGCCAAGAGUGGAGUACAAGACCAUCACCAUCGACGACUACUCCCUCACCAUGCAGAUUCUGAAGCCGGCUGGAUUUGUAGACACAGCCCAUUACCCCUUACUGCUGCUCGUCGACGGGACGCCCGGCGGCCAGAUGGUCACCGAGCAGUUCCAGGUGGACUGGGCCACCAUCCUGGUGAGCAGCUUCAGCACGGUGGUCGUCCGCUUCGACGGCCACGGCAGCGGCUUCCAGGGGACCAACCUCCUCCACAAAGUGCACAAGAGGUUGGGGAAGCUGGAGGAGCGGGACCAGAUGGAGGCGCUCAGGUUCAUAUCCAAAGAGCCUUACAUUGACAGGACGCGUAUGGGAGUGUAUGGAAAGGCUUAUGGAGGAUAUUUAGCCACUCUGCUGCUGAGCUCCGAUGAGUUCACUCAGCUUAAAUGUGGAACUGCAGUCUCACCCAUCACAGAUUUCGAGCUUUACGUGUCGGCAUUUUCGGAACGAUACCUGGGCUCAAAGACUGACACCAGAGUAUACAUGAUGUCAAAUUUAGCCCACAGAGCAAGUCAGCUGUUGCAGAAGCAGUACUUGAUCAUCCACCCCACUGCAGACGAAAAAGUUCACUUUCAGCACACCGCCAAGUUUAUCAACCAUUUAAUCAGCAAGAAAGCCAAUUAUACACUUCAGAUCUACCCAGACGAAGGCCACUUCCUGCACAACGAAGACACCCAGAAACACUUGAGCUGCUCACUGGUCAACUUUUUCGGGGAGUGUUUCCGGCUACCCGAAGUGGCAAAGGACGAGCAGCAGGAAGUGGACGAGGACGACAGCUAAACCUGAUAACCGAGCCGCCCUCGCCUCCCCCCUCCUGGCCAGUUCACACAGCACAAUAUGCAACGCGUAACAAAAUAAAGCCACCCGAGCGUGAAGUGCCCAACCUGCACAGGGCUCGGCUUCCACCCUCCAUGCUGUCCUCGGCUGCUGCCCACCAGAGGGAAAGUGAACGCAUCCUCCUGCGCCUUUAAAAGAAUCAGACGUUGUUAAUGGUACCACUGAGGACGAAUGGAAAACCCUUGCAAACUGUCGAGACCUGUGGGAAUAUUGACAACCUGCAGGCCAGAAAA